AUGGCUGAUUUUGCCUCGAUGCUUAAAUUAGUGCUGUUCGGACUACAGCAAGUAGUCUGGACUUGUGUUACCGUAAUAGGACUUAUAAAGGAUCGUCUAGUUUACGGUGCUAAUUGUUUUACGAUCAAAGAACACCCGAAACCAAAGUGUCUUGAAGGAUGGAAUGAGAAAUUCAUCCAGUUAAAGACGGUUCGUUUACAUUAUGUACAAACAGGAGACGAUGACAAACCACUUCUUCUAAUGCUACAUGGAUUCCCCGAAUUCUGGUACUCUUGGCGAUUCCAGUUAAAACAUUUCGCUGAUAGAUACAGAUGUAUCGCAGUCGAUCAACGAGGCUACAAUUUGUCCGACAAGCCCAGCAAAAUAGAAGAUUAUAACAUCGACUUGCUUGCAAAUGAUGUUCGAGAACUUGUUGAAGGAUUGGGAUACAAAAAAUGUUUUCUGAUGGGACAUGAUUGGGGUGCGUUAGUCGCUUGGCAGGUUGCAUUGCUAUAUCCAGAACUCGUCGAGAAGCUCCUCAUACUUAAUGCACCUCACCCAUGUGCUAUUGCAGAAUUACUCGCGAGCAACUCCCAACAAAUGCUGAAAAGCUGGUACAUUUUUAUGUUUCAAACACCAAAAAUCCCAGAGCUCGCUCUUCAAAGUCGUGAUCUACACAUGUUCGAUUCGGCUUUGCGCGAUGAGAAAAAUGGAAUACGGAACAAAGAGAAUUUCACUGAUGAAGACAUGGAGGCGUUCAAGCAUGUGUUUGCACACAAAGAUUCUUUUACUGGGCCAAUAAAUUACUACCGUAACAUCAGGCAUCGAGCCGAUCUGAAAGGAGAACAAAAUAUCUGCAAGCCUCAAACACUCAUUAUCUGGGGUGAUCGAGAUCCGUAUUUGCUCAAAGAUGCAGCGACGUUGAGCCUGAAGUACUGCAAAAAUGCUGAUCUGAGAUUCGUCGACGGCGCUUCACACUGGGUUCAGCAAGACGAACCGCACAAAGUCAACAGAAUCGCAGAGGAUUUCCUCAAUUUAAAAAGGUGUCGAGAAGAAAAGAAACACGAAAAAAGCCAAAAAAAAAAGAACAAAGGAAGAGAGGAGGAAAGAAGGACAACCCUAUUCGAUGUCCCUGUUCUUCUUUUUGUGCUACGAGCUGACCUCAUGCUAGACUGUGGCCAUAUGAACUGCUACGCUGAUAAAAACGAUCACCUCGACUUCUCCGCCGCCGUUUGUCAGCAUUCAAUGGUCAUCUCGGGAACGACUGAUGGCUAUCUUCGACUACAGCAAAUAAUCUGGACUUUUGUUGCCGCCGUAGGACUAGUAAAGGAUCGUCUGAUUUACGGUGCUGACACCUUCACGAUCAAAGAUCACCCGAGACCGAAAUGUCUCGAAGGCUGGAAUGACCGAUUCAUCCAGCUGAAGACGGUUCGUCUGCACUACGUGCAAACAGGAGACGAUGACAAGCCACUACUUCUAAUGUUACAUGGAUUCCCGGAAUUCUGGUACUCAUGGCGAUUUCAGCUGAAGUAUUUCGCUGACCGAUACAGAUGUAUAGCACUAGAUCAGAGAGGUUACAACUUAUCGGAUAGACCACCGAAUACCGAAGACUACUGCAUCGAUUUGCUGGUCAACGAUGUUCGAGAGGUUGUGGAGAAGUUAGGUUACAAAAAGUGCUUCUUGAUGGGUCAUGACUGGGGAGCCGCUAUCGCUUGGCGGGUUGCAUUGACGUAUCCGGAGCUCAUCGAAAAGCUUCUCAUUCUUAACGUUCCCCAUCCAAGCGUUCUACCGCAAUUAAUGGCUACAAGUUCGGAACAACGAUUGAAAAGCUGGUACAUUUUUAUGUUCCAAACACCAAGGAUUCCAGAACUGACCGUUCAGAGUCAUGAUUUCCACAUGUUAGAGCUGUGUUUUCGCGGAAAGAAAGCUGGUAUACGGAAUAAAGAGAACUUUACCGACGAGGAUAUGAAAGCCUGGAAACAUGUGUUCAGUCAAGAAGGUGCUAUAAGCGGACCAAUAAACUAUUAUCGAAACGUUGGGAGAACAAGUAAUUUGAAAGGAGAUCAAAAUAUUUGCAAGCCUCCGACACUUAUAAUUUGGGGCGAUCAGGAUCAAUUCUUGGUCAAGGAGGGAGCAACGAUGAGCUUGAAGUACUGCUACAACGCCAAUUUGAAGUAUGUAGAAGGUGCCUCACAUUGGGUUAUGCAAGACGAGCCGCAAAAAGUGAACAAACUCAUCGAGGAAUUUCUGUACGCAUCAAGCCACGCGGUUACCAGCGAAAGUCAUCAUUCCUCAAAAAUACUUCACCUAGGAAUGUCGACCAGAUCAGAUAUACCGAUCAUCUGUUUUCCCACUGUGGAGAAGUCGUUCACGAGAGCAUUUCUGGGAUUUAUUGAGUUAUAUGACGACAGAUUGGCUCUGAUCGAUCCAGUUACACAGGAGAUGCUGGCGUUUUCGGAUUUGGAGAAAUUAGUAUUCCAGAUGCGUCAUCGCCUUCAUAAAAGGAAUUUUACCACGCGAACGAUGGUGGCCACACUUUGCGGAAAUUCUAUUGAUUUCCUCCUAAUGUGUCUCGCAGCAAUCGAUUUAGGUGCGAUAGUCGUGCCGAUCAAUCCAGCUUCAACACUUUUUGAAAUUGAGAAAUAUGUGGUCAGCUGCGAAAUCGAGCAUAUGGUUAUCGAGCGAGAAUAUGAGAAAAAAUUAGAAGAUCUGCGGGCGCGAGAAACAUGCGAACAUCUGUCUGUUAUUAUCCUUGAAGAGCUACGUGGAGAAGAAGGAGACGAACCGACACCGAAGAAGGAGGAAUCACAGCUCUGUGGACAUGAGACGGCGCUUGUCUUCUUCUCGUCUGGUACUACCGGCCCACCAAAAGCGAUACGACACAGUCAUCGUAGCCUACUGGCACAUCUCGCACAAGUCAUGUCGACAACAAUCGCAAAGUCGAAAUAUCCGUUUCCAAAUUUAUUAGGCGGGAAUAGAGUGCACGGAGUACUACCGUAUUUCCACGCUGGUGGUCUAAUUACCGUAUUCUGCAUGUUGAUAGAGGGAGUUACGGUUGUAAUAAAUAGGAAAUGGAAUCAGCUACAAUUUCUUCUGACCUUACAGGAAUACAAGAUUACCGUCAUCAACAUUGUGCCGCCGAUCCUAGAUUUCCUCGUGAGUCAUCCUUCCGUCAAAGUGUACGAUCUCAGCGCAUUACGGCUUGUUUUUGUGGGAGCAACCAAAUGUGAGGAAUCACAACUUCGUGCAUUGAAGGAACGUCUUCCUGGAGUUGAAGAUGUUGUGCAGCUGUUUGGAACGACCGAGGCUGGAAUGCUGUUGUUUGCUACUCCUAAGGGGAACACACGACUCUCGUCGGUGGGACGACCGAUGCCUGGAGUAGAGGCGCUGAUUGUAGGCAAAGAUAAAGAAUGUGUCGGUACAGAUGAAGUUGGGGAACUGGUAGUUCGGACGCCUACAUUGAUGGAUGGAUAUUUAGGAAAAUCUGAAGUGAAGGAAAUGAUAAAAGUACGCGGAUGGCAGGUGAAUCCAUACGAAAUCGAAGAGGCCAUAAAAUCCGGUGUUGCUGGCGUAAAGGACUGUGCAGUUGUUGGCAUAAAGUCACAUACGGACGGUCAGCUCCCUAAAGCGUUUGUCGUUGGAGACGUGGACGAGGAUGAAGUCAUAAAUUUCGUCAAAGAAACAUUCAUCUCCUACAAACAUCUGUGUGGAGUCGAAGUCGUAGAGGAAAUCCCGAGGACACCAUCCGGCAAAAUCAUAAGAGUGAAACUGAGUGGCGAACUAAAUCCGUUCCUAUGA